ACAUGUUGACUAGUUUGCUAGUUGAUCUACCGAAAGCUCCAAAAUAUAUUGAAACUCAAUGAAAGAAAACGCACAAUUAUAAAGUUAUAGGGGCUGUAUUCGUCGGUGCACUGUACAUGUUUUAAAAUGUGUCAAAAUGUUUAGCUUUUGUUGAAAAAAGACACAUGUUAAUGGUUUAUGUAUUCUGACAAGCUAAUGUAGCUAGCCUGUUUGCUAGCCAGGAAGAGUUGACAUCUCACUGUUGGCUUUAGGUUUGCUAACACAGUCAACAUAGGAGCUACAAUACAGAGCUACAGAUGCGGCUAAAGGACCCUUUCUCUCUGAAAGCCGCCGAUAUGACUAAGCGGACUAAUAAACCGAGAAAACCUCGAGAUGAGGAGUCCUCAGACGAAGUCAGUGGGUUGACUUGCCAACAUGUGAGUAAGGCGGUGGACCUCAGCUCGGUGAAGAAAUCAGUGCUCUCCAACGUGUGGUUGGUGUGCGCUGAGUGCUUAAAGGAGAGGACUAUGAUUGAUGGAGAGCCAGCAGCAUCCCAUGACAUCCUGGUCUGCCUAAAGUGUGGCUUCCAGGGCUGUAACCAGUCGGGGAUCCAGCACGCUGUGAGGCACCACCAAGCUUUCCAUCCAGAGUCUCACUGCAUCACCAUCAGCUUGAGCACGUGGAAGGCAUGGUGUUUUGAAUGUAAUGAGGAGCUCUCCACACACUGCAACAAGAAGGCUUUGGCCCAGACCCUGGACUUUUUACAAAAGCACUCUGUCAAGGCAACAUCAGGAGCAUCACCCAAGAUCAUCAAGUUGCGAGAGGAACCGUCAGAAUAUGGCGACUCGCCUAAAGGCAAGAGUCCAGCAGCCAACAGCACGUUGGUCCCCGUCAAAGGCAUAAAUAACCUCGGUAACACCUGCUUCUUCAACGCUGUCAUGCAGAACCUGUCUCAAACACACAUGCUCAUCGACCUCAUCCAGGAAGUGAAGGACAAAGGAUACAAACUGAGGAUCAGCCCCACUGUGGACACCAACGUGAGCCCGUUGACGGUGACGCUGUCCAGUCCGGAGCCGCUGACUGCGGCCAUGUUUCUCUUCCUCCACAACAUGAAGGAACCAGGGAAAGGCCCGAUCAAUCCCAAGAUCCUAUUCAACCAGCUCUGCCAAAAAGCGCCGCGCUUCAAGGGCUACCAACAACAAGACAGCCAGGAGCUUCUGCACUACUUACUGGACUCCAUCCGCGUAGAAGAAACUAAAAGGGUGAAAGCGGGAAUUCUGAAGGCUUUCAACAAUCCCACAGAGAAGACUGCAGACGAGGAGACCAAACGCCAAGUCAAAGCAUACGGAAAGGAAGGUGUGAAGAUGAACUUUGUUGACCGCAUUUUCGUGGGCGAGCUGACCAACACAAUUAUGUGUGAAGAGUGCGAGCAUAUAUCCACGGUUAAAGAGGCUUUCAUAGACAUCUCUUUACCCAUCAUAGAGGAGAGGAUCUCAAAACCCUCCAACCCUGGGCGGCUGGGGAAGGCCAGCCGGGAGCAGGACCCCCACGUGGCUCACAACGAGCCGCUUCUUUCAGCGGCUCACUCUGCCAACAGAAACACGAGGAAGCUAAGUGGACAGAAGCAGCAGAGCAGGAGGUCCUUGAGCUCGGUGGAGGAGAAGGUAGCAGGCUGCAGUGCGGAGCGGCAAGAGGAGGAGGGGGUCGCCGCCGGAUCGGCCUGCGGCGUCUCCGUCUGCAAGAUGGCCGCCGCCGGCAGCCUAUCGGACGGCAGUGAAAGAGACGCGGCCCCUCAGGACAGCAGCAACGACGCCGACAGCGAGGCCUCGGAGAGCGAGUGGGCCCCACGGCCCUUCUCCUCCAGCCACAGCCACGGGCACAUGUCCACCCCGUCCCCAACGCCCGCCUCCGCCGCACACCCGUGCUCGUCGUCCUCCGCCUCGAGACAAGGUGGCGCUGUGGAGCAGCUGGUUACCGCGGUGUCCAGAGUCAACAUCGGGUUCACUGCCGGGGACGUCUCUCCGUUGACGCACUGCUCGCCUGAGGAGCCGGGGGAAACGCAGUCGCGAGACAACCUCCACCAUCAACACCACCAGGGGGCCUUCCAGGCGCUGUCCCACAGUUACACACCCAGCUCCAAGGAGUGCUCCAUCCAGUCCUGCCUGCACCAGUUCACCUCCGUGGAGCUGCUGAUGGGCAACAACAAGCUGCUGUGUGAGAGCUGCACCGAGCGCAGACAGAAACAGCUGCGGAAGAGCACCUCGGCCGACAAGAAGGUGGAGAAGAUUUACACCAGUGCUAGGAAGCAAAUGCUUAUCUCCUCGCUGCCUCCUGUCAUCACAUUGCAUCUAAAACGCUUCCAUCAGGCAGGGAUGAACCUACGAAAAGUCAACCGCCAUGUUGACUUUCCCCUGAUCCUGGAUCUAGCUCCAUUCUGCUCUGCAUCCUGCAGGAACCUGGCAGCUGGUGAGCGUGUCCUCUACAGCCUGUAUGGGAUUGUGGAACAUAGUGGCUCCAUGCGGGGGGGCCACUACACUGCUUAUGUAAAGGUGCGCACUCCGCAGAGGAAAGCGGAGCAGCUCCAGAGGAACCUGUCAGGUGCGAGGGAAGCCGGGAGCAGCUUCCAGGGCCAGUGGGUGUACAUCAGUGACACCACGGUUCAGUCGGUACCAGAGUCAAGGGUACUCAACUCUCAGGCAUACCUGCUCUUCUACGAGGAACUGCUCCGCACUGGCAGGAGCGAGAUCUCACUGGAGGAGGUUUUGGGUCUCUGCAGGCUGUCGGCGUGGAUCCCACGGCGCCACAUUCAGACCCGUCCUCACCGGUGAUCGGCCCUGACGGGUGCAAAGCCGCGCCGCUGCCCAACAUGUCGCGAGCUGGUGAAGAGGAGGUGGGUGUGGAAUCAGGAAAAGGGCAACGUCCAAAAACAUCGGC